AUCAAAUCCACUCCAUCUUUGUAUUUUCAUCUUCUUUCGUUAUUUCACACAACACAAACAAAGCAUAAAUAGAUAACAAUAUGGCAAGCCACGGUAACGACAACCUUUACAACAGUGGCGCACAAGCCCCUGGCCAAGCUCAGAUUAGAAGGGAUGAUUCAAACGCACCUUCUGAGGGCCAAGCCCAUAACUUUCUUCAAGAGACUGGGACACAAGUGAAGAACAUGGCACAAGGAGCAGCAGACGUCGGAAAAGGAGCAGCACAAGGUGCAGUGAGCAUGGCACGUGGAGCUGCUUUAGGUGCUGCUAACAUAGCUCAGGGUGCAGCUGAUGCAGUCAAGAAUACUGUUGGAACCAACAAUCCACCCCAUGACAACACCGGCACCGCCGCUGCUGGCAGCCACAGCACCAACAUCCCAAAUUACCUAGAUGAAUUCCCAAAAACCAACCCCACCAACCCCAAGAUUUAAUUUAUUGCUCUUAGGAAAUGCUGUCAUAUUACUGAAAAAUGCUUCAAUCUUUUUUGUCUUUCUUUUAUGUUGUAGGCUUGUAGCCUAUUACGAGGUGUGGUUUGUCGUUUAGCACACACCAUAGUUCUGUCAUUUCUUUUUUUCUUUACUGAAUUCUAUUGAGAAUUGUUAUUCUUGUAUUUAAAUAUUAAAUUGACAGCAGCAGCAUCCGUACUGUUUUCUUGGA